CAGACGAAGCUUUGCGGUGACAGGUAGUGGAGGGGAGGAUAAGAAUUCAUCGUUCAACAAGUUGAUUUGCGAGAUGAAAACAAACCAGGAAAUUGUACAAUAAGGAAAAUAAAAGGUGAAAGAGAAGAAAUGAAAUAGAGUGACUUGCAACGACAUAUUAAAGAACAGUAAUCUCAACAACUACAAGAUGCUUGGAAAACUAAAUCAAAGGUUGAAACGGAAAUCAGAAAAUGGACAGUACAAUGAUUUGGAUAAAGAAUCCACCACUGCCAAUGAUGGUAGAUCAACAUCUCCUUUUGGCAAUUCUUUUGGUUUUCUGGGUGGUGAUGCUGGAAAUGGUGGGUUAUUGGGUUCUGCAAUUGAAAUGAGUGCUGCUGGAGCAGGAGUUGUCCCUGAUGAUACAUUCACAGUUGACCAAGCAGUCAACGCCACUGGGUUUGGGCGUUUUCAAGUGAAGUUGUCACUUAUAACUGGGCUUUCAUGGAUGGCUGAUUCCAUGGAAAUGAUGAUAUUAUCGAUCAUAUCACCUGCAUUAAAAUGUGAUUGGAGAUUACCUGAUUGGAAGCAAGCUCUAAUUACCACUGGUGUGUUUCUUGGGAUGAUGAUGAGUGCCGUUUUUUGGGGCCAACUCAGUGAUAAAUAUGGGAGAAAAAAGGCUUUAGCUUUGUCUGCCGUUUUGUUGAGUAUUUUUGGUUUAUUAAGCUCCUUCUCACCCACAUUUUUCUGGAUUUUGCUUUUACGCUUACUUGUCGGUUUCGCCAUUGGAUGUACCCCACAAUCGGUGACACUUUACGCAGAAUUCCUUCCUGUCCGCCAGCGAGGAAAAUGUGUGGUUUUACUCGAUAGUUUUUGGGCUUUGGGAGCCUGUUUUGAAGUGCUCUUAGCUCUGAUCGUUAUGCCUACUUUGGGAUGGCGUUGGCUUUUGGCGUUGUCGACCAUUCCGGUGUUUGUGUUUACCAUUGUUUGCGCGUGGUUACCCGAAAGUGCACGAUUUCUAGCUGCUAACGGACGUACUGAAGAAGCUCUAGCUGUUUUACGUCGUAUUGCCGAAGAGAACGGGAAGCCCAUGCUAGCUGGUCGACUGAUUGUCGAUGAUCUCACUUGCACCGACGGUGGAGCAGCUGGGUCAGCAGCCUCCCCCUCUGUUCCUGGACAUGGUGAUAUGAACUCACUUGUUUCCAUGUCCUCGGAUCUACGCUGGAAGAGUCCACUUCAGCGUUUACUUUCCCCAGAAUUAAAAUUGACAUCACUACUGCUGUGGUUUAUUUGGUUGGCAUGUGCUUUCUGCUAUUAUGGUAUGGUACUCAUGUCCACUGAAUUAUUGGCGGGCGCGGCCAUCGCAGAAGAAGAAGGUGAUUGUCUCAAUCGAAAUCAAGGUGGUAACUGGUCAAGUCGCGAAGACUGCUCGGCUGGUUGUCGAGUUCUUACUAGCGCCGACUACACCGACUUGUUAUGGACUACACUUGCAGAAUUUCCUGGCAUCGUUGUGACACUUGUGGUGAUCGAGUUUCUUGGUCGAAAAAAGACCAUGGCUCUCGAGUUCUUUAUCUUCAGUUUAUCCGUCUUCCUCAUUAUGGUUGUGUGCAUCUCUAAUCGGACCAUGUUGACGGUUAUGCUCUUUGUGGCAAGAGGCAUAAUCAGCGGCGUCUUUCAGGCCGCAUAUGUCUACACGCCAGAAGUGUAUCCUACAUAUCUUCGUUCCGUAGGAAUUGGCGUUUGCAGUGGCAUGGCUCGUUUAGGAGCUAUGAUCACGCCGUUUGUCGCUCAGGUUUUGGUACAGGAAUCACUUAAUGUCGCAAUCGGACUGUACGGCAGUGUCUCUCUUCUGGCUAUGGUGGCUUCGUUGCUUUUACCCAUAGAAACCAAAGGAAGGGCUAUGGUUUGAGUCCGUUUGAUCUGUAUUCUUUUCGUCUUCCGUCCAUUCAAUUUUGAUGCAAUAUCUAAUUUUUAUAUAUCUAUCCAGUAUUUCUCUUUGAUACGCAUAAUGCAAUAACGUCUUUAAAUUUAACUAAUGAGAUAUAUAAGCAAA